CUGUGGCAACUUUUGUUUAAGUAACAUCACAUUCCAGUUUCAUUCCAUUCCUGUGUUAGUUUUAACUCCCGAAACGAUGAAAAUGGGGAUCCGAAAUAUAUUUUUACAUCCAUCUUAUUUUUUAAUCCCAGUUUCAAUUUUGAUACAGUGAUAUAAUUUGUUAACAUGAAGUUGCAUCCGAAAAGCAUUAGUCUCCCAGGUCUUUUCUUUAGUUUAGGUCUGUUGUUGUUUUAUAUCUCGAGUGCGAACUGCAAAACGACCGACAAGUAUUUCGGCAACCAAAACGAGCCUCUGCAACAAGACAUAGCGAAAUACCUGCAAGCCCUGGAAAAGUUCGAGAUCAACAACAGCAGCUUCCAAGAGCUAACAUCGAGCAUCAAAAACUUCUUCAAAUACAUCAACUUCAGACGACAAGACGAACUCGCCUCCUUGCUCUUCACGUACGCCAAGUUGCGACCGGACUUGUUUCCUCUCGUACAGGAACGCAAAGUCGCUUACAAGAAGUUCGCGCACGGCAAAACCAACAUCGUCAUCAGGAGAAACGACAGUGUCUUGUUCAUGAUCUUCACGAGUCGGCCGGGGGUCGAAUGGAUGCGCAAAAAGAUCAUCAUGGUCGAGGAGAAAAAGGCCGAUAAGAAAAAAGAUGCGGCGGCAGAAGGAAUUAUAGACAUAAGAGAUAUAGAUUUCAAGCCGGAGAAAAAGCCGAGACAAGGGAAUAAAAAUGUAGGGAAGCAAGGGAAGGGGAGGGAGGAAAAGGAGAAUAAGGUUAGGAAGGAGCCUGGGAUGCAUUUCAAAGGGAUCGACGGGGUACUUAAGCAUUGGGUGCUGGUGCAACUGAAGUGGCCGAGGACAGACGAUGCACUUUCCAAUUGCACGCUGGUGGCUGAGUAUCGAUGGGACAACGUUGUAGGCCAAACGUACUCGGAAACUCUGAUGGAGCAGCUGGAAAUCAACCCAGGGCCUCCUCAACCUAAAGCCUGAGAGACUUGAGUGGGUUUCCUGGGCGUGAAAUGUCAGGAGGGGCUGGAUGAUUAUUUCGCCAAAACAAACGAGACAUUGAAAAAAGACGCGAGCCAAUACUUGAAAGCACUGGAAGUUUUCGAAAAAACCAAUUCUAGUUUUGAAUCUUUGACUACAUCCAUUAGGCACUUAUUCAAGCACAUAGAUCUUUCCAGGCAGGAUGAACUGUCCUCGGUCUUAUACGCAUUCCCGAAACUGCGCCCAGACCUCUUCCCCUUGGUUGAGGAGCGGAAGAUUUCCCAAAGAGAAUCCUCUCACAGAAUAUCUAACGUCUCCAUCAAGAGGAAGGAUGACUUUUUCUUCAUAUUCUUCCCCACUCGCACAAACGUGGAAUGGAUGUUCAAGUGCAUAAAUUACACGGACGGAAAAAUGUUUUACAGAACGGUUCCGGAGCCAAUCAAGGAUUUGGUUAUGGUGCAGCUAACUUGGGAAAAAUCGGCUGCGUUUAAGGAAAAUCGAACGCUGACGGCAGAAUACCGAUGGGCUCCGCAUAAGGAUGGUAAAAAUACUGCGUUUGUAACACAAGAAUUCAAGAAUGAUGAUGAAGAAUAGUGAAUUCAUACAUGAAAA